AUGGCCUCGCUGGCGAUGGCAUCCAAAAGUGAGCAGUGCUACAGCUCCAGAGGAUGCGAUGCUGACCCCGCCUGGGCACGUGACCAAGAUUGCUCAGCAUUCGAGGCAAAAUGCCUACAGGAGCUCAACGCCAGCAGCGGCGAGGAUUUGGUGCCCCUCAAAGAAGUCAUGGGGCUCUUGGAGGCAGUCGGACAGGAGAAGCUUCACGUUGGCGCCUUGCGGGGCGAUGAAUGGAUGGAUCGUUUCGCGGCCAAGCACUGUGUGGGUGCCCGAGAGAUUAUGGACUUUCCGAAGGACGCAUCCGCAGUGGAUGCCUUGCGCCGGCAGUUCCGAGACACCACAGAAUCGGCUGUCUUGGUUCAUUCGGACGAGCUGCAGGAUGGUAUCGGUGCCCGUUUCAAAAAGGCCCUGGAACUCACCGUGGCCUCGCUGCUUCUGGGCUUCGAUGCCGUGGCUUUGAACCUGCCAGCCGCAGGGGGGCUGCUGCACCCUGCAGGCAGCUGGAAUCAUGGCCCUGUGUGGUGCCAUGAAAGCCCUGCAGAUGGCCCGGAACGGCAACUAGCUGGAGCACCGGAGUAUCCGCUGCGCUGCUGGCGCUUUGAUCUGCAAAAAGAUGUCUUGGCUCAGAGCAACGAACCUGAAGGACGACAGCUGCUAUGGGGAUCGUUGGCUUCGUCGUCGUCAUCUUGGAGAUGUUUCAGUUUCAGGGGCGACCUAGAAGGACCCCCGUGGCAGUUCCUGCAGACGGCGCUGCCGCGCUCGGCCGCUGUGCUGCCGCGGCUCUUCAGCAGCGUCCGCAGCUUCGCGGCGCCCGGCCGCGUGCUGCCGUGGCGCCGCGAGGCGCGCUGCGGCUACGGCGCGGAGUCAGAGCGCCUCGGCCGUGCAACGCAGGGAGUCUUUUCGUGUGGUCUCCUGGAACUGCCUUUGAGGUCGUCCAUCCAGCAGCAUAUCGCCAUGCACAUCCGCCGUGGUGACGUGGGCGAAGCUUCAGGCUACGCACUGACGCAACAACUGGAUCCAUCCCAACUAUCCAGAUGGCUAUGCGCCGUGGCGAAAUUGUUCGAUGGCAGCUCUGCCCUGCACAUUUUCACCGAAGCAGCGGGGCAAAGUCGUGGGGCUCUGCGGCGCAAGGGUUUACCAGGCUUCAUCUUCGAUGCCCAUAACGACGACGACGAACCGAUCUUCCACACCACCGCCAAGCUGGAGCUUCAUCCACAAGUCCAUGUGGUGGUGAACAACAACCCGCUAGAAGCCCUUCUCUGUAUGGCCCGCGCCGAUGUUCUCAUUACCAGCCUGAGCAGUUUGAGUUGGACCGCUGCGGUGCUCAACACGGGGCUGGUGCUUCAUCCAUCCACCAAAGCAUCAACCAAGGUGCAUAAGGUCCAUUGGGAUCUGCGCGACCAAUACCUGGACUGGGCCGAGAACUGGUUCCCCGCCACAGAUGUUUGGGAUCGGCCUCAAACUCUGGCGCAAUGGACGCAACGGACCAAAAAGGCGAAGAGCGCCUUCCGGCAGAUGGAACGACUGCCAGCAGCACCACCGCCACCCAAGGGACUCAGUUGGGAUACGAAGAAAUUGUGCAGUAAGCAAGACUACUACGAGGAUUGCAUCGAAUGCUGUCGAGAAAAGAUGCCAAAAGAACCAGCCAAAUGCCGUCCAGUCCUCCACGUCACCGCUGCCAUGCGGUUCCAUCGUUCCACGGAGGACAAAGUGCUCAUUAUCGACAAUGUCCAGGAAAACUUCAUGUUGCAGCCACACAACGGCAUCUUCAUUCUAUCUUGGUACGACGACCCCAAUGACACGGCACUGUUCGCGCUCACACCGCUGUUGGAAGAACUGGCAGCCACAAGGCCCAAGGUUCAUGACUUGCUGGAGAAGUACAAAUUGGAGGCACAGCACGGCAGUAAGGGUUGGAACACGUUGGAACUGGUAUUGGAGAUGAGAUGA